AUGGCUUCUUUGCUUGUUGAUGCGUCUCAGGAAGAAUCACAAUGGGCUUGCAUCUCAGAGCUAGCCUCGCAGUUGGCCUCUGUGAUGAAUAUCGGAGGUGAUAAUAGUUUCCUUGUUUCGAAGCCUUAUUAUACAUGUCUUCUGCGUGAUCCUCAACGUUAUACAUUCUCGGACCAGCUGAUCCAGGCCCUGCUACAACAUGUGUCUAAGGUCGAUAAUUGCAAGAUACACCAACUACUGUCCUUCCUGAAACGGCAUUCAAAGCGAAUACUUCAGGGGCUUGAUCGCUCUUCGCUGCGUUGCCUGGCAUACUUACUGCUCAAUUCAGACGACGAGGAAACCAAAUUGAAGAAUGGAAUCUAUCUGCUGCUGGAUGAACCGCAAUCCAUGAAGGACUCGGGACAUAUGGUAUACCAAGUAGCAAGCCCAAGGAUUGGGGACAAUUCCCGCUUGCUUCAAGAGAGAAUACUGAGCAAACUAUACUUAAUAUAUUCCACCGAAGGGCAGGCUACUUGGCUACGGAAAUUGGCCGGCAAAAUGUUUCUGGAGAUACUUUCGGAGCCAGAGCAUAAUCAUGCUUCCCUCAUUACAUCCCAAGAGGUGGACAUGUCACGACUCUCGUACAUCAUACUCAAUGGCAAUUGUGCCUUGAAACUGCUCGCAGCAAUCAUGAUUCAUGCGCUACAUAACUUGGGAGUGAGCGACGAAAUUCUCUGGCCGCCAGACAAUAGCACGGAUAGAGUCAGGUUCUUUGAUACUAUGCCGUCAUAUAAAGAUGAUCCGCUGCAGCACUUUCAAAUCUUCUUCGAUACGGUUGUCCUAUCAGAUGCGGCAAUGCCAUCGAAAUCGAUAGACUUAAGUACGACGUCCCAGCUUCGACGAUGCUUUCUCCUUCACGCAGUAGGCAUCGACACGACGCUCCUGCUUGAAGGAAUCGUUCUCGCCAUGAUCGGUGAUGGAUGCUUGACGUUCGUGAGCUAUCGACAGGACACAGCGAGAAUGUGCCUAGAAUACGUUGACGUCUACACUCAGAGCAUUUGUCUACCAGUGCGCUCGGUUACGGACAAAACUAAGACAUAUCGUCUAAUAUUAGACCUUUCUCAGCAUAGACUAAUCGUGAAAAGCGGCAAACGCCUAUGCUUCGGGGGCCAAACUUUGAGCAUAUUGUCCGAUGAAGAUCCUUGCGAUUUGCAAAUGACCAUCGAGGAGUUCUGUCAGAAUGACCGAACCUCUGUAGAUACAGAUAGUGUAUUCCGGAGGUCUUCUUCAAUGGUGGUGGAACUGGAUACAGGCGAUGAAGUCGCAAGGAAAUCUUCUGGAAUUCCAUCCAACAAUAUACAGGGGCAGGAGGGACCCUGCACAGGUUUCGUUUCGAUACAAAAGUCUCGGCAAGUGCUGGAGAAACACCCAGAAGUGCUCGAGGAAGGGAAUACUAAUAAUGAGGACCUGGCACAUGUUCUUUCAAAGCGUAACAGCUCUCAGGAUUAUCAGCGGGCACAUUACACGGGUGAACCUCCCAUGCCCACAUCAAACCCACCAAUGACCAGAGUACCGGAGAAACCAAACGGCAGAUUUGCACCAAAACCAGAUACUGAAAGAAGAAGGACAGGUCGCUUGCGGAGUGGGAAUAGAGGAAAAAACCAUCUAUAUAAUACUCAAGAGUCUAUGGUCAUAUAUACGCGACAUCCCAAACAGAAGGUAUAUACAGCCAGCUCCAAAGCUGCUGUUGACUGGGACGAGGAUCUCCGACCUAGCGAUAAUGAAGCGAGACCACCUUUCAAAGAUGCAGACAUAACUUCAAUUUCAUCCCCCAUGCCUGGUGAGACGUCUCUUACCGGCAGUCAUUUGGCAAUUCCUGGCAAAAAGAGAGCAGCCAAAGGAAGAAAACUAGCCACAAAGCGCAAGAAUAAAUCAUCUCGUACUACAAAAAAGAUCGGAAACAUUACCAAUACAUCGACAGCAGCGUUACCACUUGCAGAAGAUGCCGACAACCGCAACCGAAAGUCACAACACAUACCAGGAUCAGAUGAUGACAUAAAUAAGCUGAUACUUUGUUCCAGCAACGGCAGCUCUGAAAGCAUUGACGAGGAGAAAAAUGGAGCAGGUGCCACGGCCAAAUGUGCCGAGCUCUACCCAGAUAAUGACUUCGUUAGAUAUGACUCUGCUACACCACAACACGAAGAGAACCGCACUAGAUCACCUCGAAUUCAAGCCUGUAGGGAAAAUGAAAGUUUUCUAAGCCACCAGCAUCAGCUAUCUACAAGUGAGAUGGGUGAUAACGACCAUCAAAUCAAUUCUCCAGAGAGCCAUCCGACCCCACAAGGACUCCAGGGCAGGGGCCGUGCAGUUGGGAACAAGCUAUCUGCAGCUUUCCAGCAAGGAGACCCUUCAUCAGACACCGGCGGACAUAAAGAAAACAGCUCAGAGCAUAUACAGACCCAAAACAAGCCGAGAAACGAAAACGGACUCGUUUUGUCAGACAUAUUAUAUGCUUCCUUGGGAGAGAGCGGUGUACAGGAGAAGUUCGAGCUCACGGAGUCUAUCGUAAAAAGAUAUGCCAUCAAUGAUAAGUUGCCCUUAAGUGAACCAAAAGAGCAAUUCACGGGCAGGUUUGAGGAUGACAUUUAUGCAGAAGGUUCUGUCGUAAGGCACAUGAGCAGGAGCAGUUCUUUCAAUAUCGACAACGAGGAGCAAAAAAGGGGGUCUCAGUCAGCUGGCUCCGCUGUAUCAAGUCCAUUGUGUGCAGAGGAGGAUCGUGCCGAUGCAGAAGUUCCCUCUGAAGUUUGCCCUGGAAGCCUCGGGGCCGCGCAGAAUAUUUGCAGUUCUGACAUGCAUGAGAACACAUCUGAGGGCAUAAGAAGCCCGCGGACUAGGCCAGAGAAGAGAAGGAUAGCUGCGCUCAGUUCGGACGACAUGCAAGAUGACCCACCUACAAGGGACCAAGCCUCGGAAAAUGCUUUCAAGGAAGAAUCCAGGCGGCUGGUUCGCAAAGACCACUUGUAUCCCACGAAGCGAUUGAAAGUCACCCCCAGAUCAACCUUCGUUGAUUCUGAUGGAAGCCCCCGCCUUCUGUACCGCACUAAAAGUGGAUGCAUCGUUGACAGGACCGACGUGGACGAAACAUAUCCACAUAUGUCAGGCACGAAAUAUAGGUCCUCCACCAGUGAGCACGUUCGGGAGAUCCUGAGAGGUGGAGAAUUUGGUGCACAAGAUGACGAUCUAUCUGCUUCAUGCGAGCGAAACGUAAUUCUAGGAUCAAAGCAUUCCGGGGCCUGUACGAACAGAGAAAAGGAAGUACUGACUUUCCAGGAUCGUCUAAUGGCAUGUGCAGGCAAACCAACAUCAAGCAAGACCCCGCUUAGAAAUCCCGCACGAUCAAGUCCUGAUGCACAUUUAACAUUGGGAUGCGAUAACAAGCCUCAUGCGACAUGCAACUCCCUACCUCGGGCGACAUUAGUCCCAGACCAAUUAUCGGCGCAGCCAGGUUUGCCCAAGUCGGAUAAUAUCGCAGAUGGUGUCCUGGAGCACACCAGCUGGCAAUCCUCCCUACAGGCGCUUCACAAAAGAGCGCAAGGCAUGCUUCUUGCGACCAGCGAGCAUAUAAUACAAGAGAUUGAGAGCGAGAAAAAGACCAUCAACGAAGUUUUGGAGAUGUAUCGGCGAGAUUGUCACCGGGUGCUGGAUCAGCUCUUCGAAGCCCAAGAAGAACGAAUAAGACUGUGCCAGCAACAAAUGAACUCCAUUCGCGAACACCAUACCGAAGUAUGCCAGGAGUUGAUGCAGCGUCUAGAGCGGGAUGAGAAGCAGCUUCAGGAUCGCAUGCAGUUGAGAAAAUGAACUGAAGCUUGGCCUCAUCGUCUCAUCAUUUCAGCUUUUGAUGCUCCGGCUUCAAUGACGAGAUUUCCGGUCCGGGCUGAUUCGGAUCCGGAUAAUAUACACUUCAACUGAAGUUUGUCUCAUCUUUGCUCGGGCGAAGGCUCUGUACUUAUUUCUUACAGCCACGGCUAGUCGUAUCUGCAUGAAUUCGUAUUCUGCAACACUCAAGGGGCGAAAUCCAGAACCAGAGAGAGAUUAGUGCCAACGUAGCCUCCGUGCCAGGAUGAUCCGAAACUAUAUACAAAGUUUCCGCCCCCAUUCCAGGUCGUAAUGGCAGCUCCAGGGGCGUCAACUAUUGCUAAGGCUGACUGACCAUCCGACGCCGGACCAUGCCCCGAGCAUGUGGUACGGGA